CACACACAUACGCACAGAACCUCCCCGACUUAAUCUAAGCUUCGCUCAGGAGAGGAGCAUCUUCUGUCUGCUCCUGGAGCUCUUUUCUGUUGCUUCCCCACACAUCUGUGCUGUCAGCAGCUCCAGAGAAGUUGGCUUCAAACUUGACCUGAGCUGACAACUCUGAGCUUCCGGAACUCUGCAGCGACAGCAGGCCUCUGAACUCAGGUGGCCUGGAGAAGCUCACCCGCCCAGCCCCGGACUGGCCCUCACUCCCCUGGCUGACACGCCCAACCCCGAUCCAUAGGCCUGUAGUCUGGGCUGAGGAAUGGGGCACUGAGGUCCCUCUGGAGCUCUCGUCUCAGCCCAGAGCGGGAGCAGCCCCAGGCCCAGGCCAACAUGGCCAACUCCGUGCAAUCGCAGUUUCCCCCGCCACAGGAUCCAGGCACUGCCUCUCACUCGGACCUGCCCGAGAUGGAGAAACUCCUCAUCAAGGUGGAAGGCAAGGAUGACAAACCCCUGAAGCUAUCCAAGUCCCUCUCUGGGGCUCUGGACCUGGAGCAGAAUGGCCACAGCCAUGGCCUGCCCUUCAAAGUGGUGUCAGAGGCGCACCGGGAGGCCCCACUCUCCAUGUCACCCUCUCGGGACAGCUCAAGACGGGCAUCUUCCAUUGCUACCACAUCCUGUGCCCAGGACCAAGAAGUCCCCCAAGAUUACCUCAUCCUUGCCAUCGCCUCCUGCUUCUGCCCUGUCUGGCCCCUCAACCUCAUCCCCCUCAUCUUUUCUAUCAUGUCUCGAAGUAGCGUGCAGCAGGGGGACCUGGAUGGGGCCCGGAGGCUGGGCCGCCUGGCCCGGCUGCUCAGCAUCACCUUCAUCAUCAUGGGGAUCAUCAUCAUCAUUGUGGCUGUGACCGUGAACUUCACAGGUGAGGCUGAGCCACAUGGAUCUGAGGGAGCCAGCUUGCUAGUUCAGAAGAUAUAAAAUGAACCAGGCGCUGUGCUAGCAGAGGCAGGCCCGGCUGACUGGAGAGCUUCGAAGUCACAUACCCCACACGCCCCGAGACGACGGAAUGGUGACCACCAAGUGCCCACUUGUCCCCGAGCUCCAGAAGCACAAACUCAGAGGGAAACCCCUAAGUAGCCCCACAGCAGAUGAGAACAGCAAGAGGACGAAGGAAGGAAGGGAGGAGAUGUGAAACCAAUGAAGACUGGUUUAAUCUCGUGGACAUGGCCCAGCAUUUUGAUCCCAGGGUCUGGCUUGUUCCUCAUCCCCACAAUUUCCUGGGAUCUACCAAAACAGCAUAUACUGCCGGAAUGCAGAGAACCAGCCUCACAGCUGAGAUCAACACUGGUGGGGGGAGAAGCAGCCCACUGCCUGUGUGUCUGAUGACCAGGACACAUGUGGAUUUUUGUAUUUUUCUUGACAGGGGACAAAAAGAACUUACUUGCAUGCUUUGUGCCACAUGCCUGCUGCGACCCCAGUGCCCUGAGCUUGAAGGCCACGCUGCCGCUCAGCAUGUGCCCUGGAAUCCCCUGGGUGCCCCAGAUGUGCAGCUGCCCGGGAGAGAGAUGACACAGCCAUCUCCUUCACAGGGUGGACGCACCAAGAAGUGAAGACAGGAACAGAGGUGCAUGGCCCACAGACCUCUUCCCAAACUGUUCUGUUUUGGCAGCAUCUCUGCUGAGAACUCUGGCCCCAGCACACCCUCCAGGAGGAUCCAGCCUGCCUCUCACUCCUAGCCUCCCUGUGCUGUAGCCUGGGGCACCAGCCCGUAGUCCUGCCCAGCCAGUGAGAGGGGGCCUUGGCCUCAGCUCUCCUCCUGCCGUGGGUUCCCCAGGGUGUGGGGUACAACCCUGGGGCCCCAUGCAGAUGGCUCUGGUGGGGCCCAGGCUGUGGCUCCCAGCGAUGCUCGGUGCCUCACCCUGGGCCCCCUGGCCACCCAUGAGCAGCAAAGGCUUUCCCCGGAAGAAGUUUUGGGGUGACCACUGGGAGAACUUUCUGUGGGCUCCCGAGCUGUCAGCAGUGUUGUAGUGCUGGCAGGGGAGUGGGCUGCAGAGCUCUUAGGAAGGUUGGUUGUUUAUUGGGUCUAGAGAGUUCCGAGCAGAAGGAAGAAUUUGGCUGAAGUGUUCGGUGUUCAGGAGAGGGAUGGGUCCCAGGGGCACCGGGUGGGUCCCUCUAGGGCAGGCACAUGCUUGCGUCAGUCCCCGACCUGGGAAUAACCCUAAUCUCUCCCAACCCUAAAGGAGGGGCCUUGGCUGGGUUUCCUUUAUGGGCCCUUUGAGGCCAAAAUAGAAAUGCCCUGGUUUGUCGGGGUGUGGGGAGGAGCCCAGAACACUUGUGUCACCUGUGAGGUCAGGUCAGGCCAGGAGAGUCAUGAGCUCUAUGGACCUGGUCAUUCACAGGCCCUGGCUCUGGUAAGAGGGGUUGUGACCCGGUCAGUGACCCAGCAGGCCCAGGGGACUCUGGCUUCAGCGCCCCAAGGAGAAGUAAGAAACUAAGCAGACAGUUCACAAAUGGUCUCAUGGGGAACAUGACGGCCGAGGCAGGCUCUAUCUGCGGCCUCCGUGUGCACAGACACCACACACAGCUGCCCUGGCCCUGGCAGCCACAUCCACACAGACACCGCUGUGUGCUCCCACACGUACACACACUUGUUCACACUCACACCAAGUUCAGUCAAGAGAAAUGCCACCAGCAGAGGCCACAGGAACAGGCAUGGCUGGAACAGCCUUCCAUCCAGGUGACAAGGACUCCAGAGUUUUCUAGUCAUAACAAGGAUGAACUCAGACGCCUCUGAGGCUCCGAGGCUCCGAGCACCAAGAGACUGACCUCCGACAGAGAGGAGCACAGGGCCUGAGGACCUGAAACCCUUCGGAGACCGGACUGGGCGAGAGGGCCCGCACCCGUGCCCGGGCCUCGCUGCCUCCCAGCUCCGUGGCAGGGCCAGCUGCUGGCUGCAGGACUGUGGCAGGCCCCAGCUUGUCUCAGGGCACCUCCUCAGCCUCUCCGUCUGUUCCGGAGCAGCAAGAACUACCCCUCCCCACUGCCUGCACCACUCACAGUUCACUUCUCUGUAUUUCUCAGCAUGGAAAGAAAUAAAGGUGAAUGCAUAUGCCCA